AUGUCCUUCGAUACAGGCGCAACCUUCGUGCCUGGAGGAGAGGACGCCUAUUACAUGCCAGAAGUGGUUGCUCCUGCCCCGCAAAGGAUCGCGGAAAAUCCAACCAGUAUGCAACAGAAUGUAGCAUCUUUCGAACAGCAGGCACAGCGCGAUAGACCCUCACAACAAUACGGCGGUGGUCAGCAAUAUGGUGGUGGACCAGCUCCAAAUGGCGGAUGGCACCAACAACCGCAGCAGCCACAAUUGCAUGGAGGUGCAUCGUCAAACUACAAUUCUCACAGCUUACCACAAGUACCAAACUUCAAUGGAUUGUCCGAAGUACCUAAUUUCUCGCCCUUCCCUCUACUCCGUAAUCCUGGCCCGAAUAUACCACCAACAGAUGAACAGAAAGAGUUAGUAUUGGAGCAGGCGCGAGAGCCAGUGUUGUCCUGUCCAGACCCCGACCAACAAUUAACAUGGGCCCAGGAUGCUCUAUCAUACUGCGAGAUUUCUGUGCAGAAUGAAGCAAGAAUAUCGAGGUCUCAACCAGCAAGACCCAGGACGCCGAGAAUAGAGCAUGUACUCAAAGAAGAUGCUAUGAGGGUGAUCAACUUUCUCGCCGACCAAUUCCAUCCUAGAGCACAAUUCUUGCGCGGUAUGUGGUACGAAUUUGGUAAAUUUGGCUAUCCAUUAGACAAACCAGAGUCCUAUCAAUGCUACAAAAGAGCUUCGGAUCGAGGCUGGACUCGCGCUUGGUACAGGAUGGGCAUGCAAUUCGAGAGUGGUAACGAUCCAUUGACAGCUAUUAAAUACUACAGGAUGGCUGCCGAUGCCGGUGAUUCUGCUGCAUGUUAUAGACUUGGUAUGAUGACUCUGCUUGGACAGCACGGCCAACCACAGAACUUUCAGGAGGGAUUGAAUCUGGUCUACGCUGCUGCGCACACUGCCGACGACAACGCGCCCCAAGGUGCAUAUGUACUAGGUAUGCUCCAAGCGGGUGAACUGCCGCAAGUUAAAGUGCCAGAAGAGUAUCUGACCAAGGACAUCCGUCAGGCAAAGAUAAAUAUCGAAAGAGCGGCUUUUCUAGGGUUUGCCAAAGCACAGGUUCGCCUAGGGACUGCCUACGAGUUGGGAGAGCUUGGGUGCUCAUUCGAUCCGGCUUUAUCGCUUCACUACAACGCUUUAGCUGCUCGACAAGGCGAAGUUGAAGCUGAGAUGGCUAUUAGCAAAUGGUUCUUGUGCGGCCACGAAGGUGUCUUCGAAAAGAACGAAGAGUUGGCUUUUAUCUACGCUCAAAGGGCUGCUAUAGAUGGAUUAGCUACAGCUCAAUUUGCUGUUGGUUAUUUCUACGAGGUCGGUAUUUACGUGAAUAUGGACCUGAAAGAGGCAAAAGAAUGGUAUCGAAAAGCUGCAGAAAAUGGCAACAAGGAUGCCACACAGAGAAUUGAAGCAGUGUCAAGGUCUAAGACCAUAUCUCGAAAAGAUCAUGAAAGAGUAGCAGUCCAGAAGAUCCGUGAGAAACAUGGGAGCGCGGAUCGAGAGCCUGCAUUGCCUACACUUCCCGAGAUAUCGACUCCCAGACUGGACAUGCCGGAUCCAUCGAAACUGAGUCUACGUGAUCAGUCCCCUUCACACCGGUCGUCGAGCACAGCACCCUAUCCUGCUGGACCGAAUCUAUCACCGCAGGCCUCUAUCCCUGACUUCAGACCAACCUCAGCGUUUGGUAUAAAUCCCAAUCUUCGACCAAGAUCGUCAGCUACGAUGCCUGUGCCUAGAAUGACGCCACACCACGAUCCUUAUCAUGGUUCGCCUCCAUCUCAAGCAAGACCUUAUGCCAAUGCAUAUCCUGAAGACAAUUAUGGCUCAAGGCCGUCUGUUUCGCCGUCAAGCAACCUUGGCUCACAACCCCGACCAUUAGGCCGACCUCCAUCGGCAUCGCCUCAUGUAUCGCCACAUUUACCACCACAUGUUUCGACAAAUUCGCAACCACAACGACCUGGUCAUCCACCUCAGACGAGUUCGACACCAAACAUCAAUCUUGGUUUCUCUGCACCAAUUGAUGUUCAAGGGGCAGACAGGCCAAACUGGACCCCAAAAGCGUCAGGUGCUGGGGAGGGUCCACGGCCUCCACCCCAGGGUCCUGCUCGUCAAGGUCCGCCAUCUCAGCAAGGAGGUCGGCCACAACCAAGUCAAGGUUAUCAGACCGGCUCUAAUAGACCACCACCACAGCAACAACCUUCACAGCCUAGACCGCCUCCGAAGCAGCAAGGAGCAGGAGGCAGGCCGUCCGUGCCAAACGUGCAACCCGCGAACGUUCAGCCGACCAAGCCAAAUAAAGCAGCUCCACCUGAUAGCCAUGCUCCGCAAAGUCCACAGAAAGUCAGUGCAAGCCAAGCCGUCAGCAGGCCUCCAGGCAAAGGACCGAAAACAUUUGCAGAAAUGGGCAUCCCCGAGCAAAAGGAUGACAAAGAUUGUAUUGUUAUGUGA